AUGCAUAUCCUCUCCGAGCCAGACGUGGCCCAGAUCUUCCGCAGCUUGACCCAAUCUCAAUGCCAUGAAUUCAUCAGCUCUCUGGGCGAUGCACUAAUAGCCAUAUCUGCCGAGUCCAAACCAGACUUUCCUACAUCAGAGAAACUGAUCCACCAGCCACUGCGCACCGUCUUCGCCACAAAGGCAGACAACUCAUGCAUCUUCAUGCCGGUGUCAGACACGGUCACUACAGGCGUCAAGGUAGUGACCGUGGCCAAAAAUGGCAUCCAGGGUGUUAUCAACAUCUUCUCGCCCGAUGGACGUCUACAAGGACUCCUUGCAGCCGCGGAGGUAACCGCCUUUCGAACAGCGCUAGCAUCAAUGACGCUAUUCGUGCGCAGCACUGCAAUUCGCAAGGAGAAUAUCCUCGUGUUUGGAUCGGGGCGUCAAGCCGAGUGGCACGCCCGACUUGCUCUACUCUUAUGCCCGAAUCAAAUCAAACGAGUGACAUUCGUCAACCGCGGCCGUCAACGGCUUGAAGAAAUGGAACAAUCCGUAUUCAACGAUCUGCGUCAGCGUUAUCCCAAUGUGUCCGUAAAUACCCUCGCCAAAGAGGGUACCCCUGACUAUGAACAGCGACUGCUCGCAGAGCUUCAAGCCUGCGAUGUAAUCUUCAGCUGCACGCCCUCUCUCACUCCCAACUUUUCAUACUCCGCGCUGCAGUCUGCGCCUAAACAGCGCUUUAUCUCGCUGAUUGGAUCUUAUAAGCCACCCAUGCAUGAGAUUGAUACGGAGACGCUGCUCUCUGGUGGAGGGAAGAUCUAUGUUGAUUCGAAGUCUGCUUGUUUGGAGGAGUCGGGGGAGCUUAUUACGGCGAAGAUUACGGAGGAUGAAUUGACUGAGAUGGGUGAUCUUCUCGGGGGUUGGGGCCGUCAGAUGCAAUUGAGAUUCCGGAGGGGGCUAAUGUAA